AUGCCGGACCUGGGACUCGAAGGAACAUUCCUCAAUGAAGUGCUCUACAAAAAUGCGACCUUCCUCAACUUGGUGGAUCCCAUCUCCCAUGACUUGCUAAUGAGCCUUGCUAGAGAUCUGCAGUGUCCCAAAAAGGAAUAUGACCCCUGGAAAUCCUCUGACAGGAUCUGCAGGCAGCUGAUUUACCACCUAACUCCCCACUCAAAAUGGCACCGGCACGGCAUGCCCCGGAGGAAGUCCCAAGUGUGCCUGAAGACCAGCCUGCAGAAGAAGGUGAGCCAGGACUCCAUGGAUUUGUCAGGGAUCCCCCUGACCAUGCGGGAUGUCCACCGCAUGGCCUACUACCUGCAGAACAACGGGGACCACCUCACCUCUGUGGACCUGAGCUUCACUGAGCUGAAUGAUGACAUGGUGCGCCUGCUGCUGCCCUUCCUCUGGGCACUACCCAAGCUCACUCACCUUUCCCUCAAUGGCAACCGACUGACGCGGGCGACCAUGAAGGAGCUGACUGACACCAUGAAGGACAUGAACAAGUUCCCUUGUCUGGCCUGGGUUGACCUUGGCAACAAUGUGGAUGUCUCCUCCAUGCCACAGCCGUUGCUUGUGGGCCUGCGCAAGCGUCUCAGCCAGCAGACCACGCUGCCUACCAUCUAUGAGGCGCUCGACUGCGACUCAGAAAUCUCUAGCGGGCAUGAGGGCAGCCAGCCAGAGGACGAAGCAGCAGGAAGCACCCCGCCACGUGCUUUCUCUCAGCAGGGCUGUGAGAGAUGACUGGCAAACAGGCCAGCACUGGCACACUGAAGCCACCUCAAGGAGAAGUCUUGAGUACAGACGUCAAGCAGAGGGCCAGCUUUACUGACUUCCUUUGGCUCUUUUCUCUUGCCUUCCCUGACAUCUCCCCC